AUGUACAACCCAAACCCAAAUCAAUGGCGCUACAACCAAAGCCAGAACGAAACGCACCACCCGAUUAUAAUCGACUCCGAGUCAGACGAGAACGACGACGAACCCCCCCAGCCGGGAAUGGCAGCAUAUAGCAGACCGCACCACGGACCCCGACCACCAACUAUUCCGCCCGCAUACACAACAUCCGUCCCCAUCGAACAAGAGAAAAAAAUCCGCAGCCGACUCCGCGAGGAGCGGCACGCCGCGCUCUGCGUCCUCAUGGACCGCGAACUCCUCACCAUCCAAGCAUUAGCUGUGCAGGAGACCCUCCCGCAAACCCGCCGCCGCUUCCUCUCGAACCUCCUCGCCCCCUCCGACCCCGCAACAGCAUCCUCUAUCCGCGCCGACCAAUUCACGAUCCAGCGCUCCCUCCCCGCCCCGUCACCUUUGUCUUCCGCGAAUACCGAACCGGUGGUUGUCUCGCGCGGCGUCGUCGAUGUCUGCGAGAGUGACGAUUCGGGGUGGUAUAAGCCCGAGACAGAGGCGGCGUUAAGCCCGUCAUCGUCGUCGCCUGUGUCGAGUACGAAGAUGAAGGGGAGAAGCUCGUUGGGUUCGGCAGGGACGCCGGAGCGGACUAAGAAAGGGAGGGUUUCGUCGGGAAGGCAUCAGCAGCAGCAGACGAGGGAGAGAAGGAGGAGAUGGAGUGGUGCUGAGAGGCAGGAUUAUGGUACCGGGGCAUCUUUUUGA